AAAAAUUGCCUGAUACAAUUCCUAUAUUCCAGCAUCAUGUUCAAAAGACCCUUGAGUCUGUCUUCCAGAGCACUACAACAAGUGUCGAAGGCGUCACAGUCCAAAAAGUUCAAUUUAUCGGACCUCGAGUUCGGUAAACUAUCGAAAGCUCAAAUAGCAUAUUUGGACAGAGUUAUUCGAGUUGACCAAUCCGGAGAACUUGGAGCCAAUUUGAUUUACAAUGCUCAAUAUGUGGUGCUUGCCAACAGAUAUCCUCACUUGAAGCCAGUGUUACAACACAUGUGGGACCAAGAGUUACAUCACUAUAGUACUUUCAAUGAUCUCCAAGUUAGAAGAAGAGUGAGACCUUCAUUGCUUACACCUUUGUGGAAGGUUGGAGCAGUUGGUUUGGGGGCAGUCACCGCCUUGAUCAGCAAGGAAGCUGCCAUGGCAUGUACAGUGGCAGUUGAAACUGUGAUCGGAAACCACUACAAUGAGCAAUUGCGAGUUUUAAUGAACCAAUAUGAUGUUCCAAUCUAUGAAAAGAACACUGGGGAAGUGAUAUCUAAAGAGAGCCUUGAGAUGACGUUAAGAACCUCGCCUGAAUUGAGGCAGUUGAAGGAGUUCAUCAAAGAGUUUAGAGAUGAAGAGCUCGAGCACUUGGAAACAGCCAUUGAACAUGAUGCAAAGAAAGCGGUACCCUAUAUGCUCUUAACUGAAACCAUUAAGCUUCUAUGCCAUGGGGCCAUUUACACAGCUGAGAGAGUAUAGCAGGAGUGUGUCCUGCCCAAUAAUUUAACCUCGCGCACAAAAUGAUUUAGAAAAAUACGAAUGAUAAUAACAUAAACAAGCUG